GUUACAGCUUUGAGUUUUUUCCCCCCCCUCCGAGUAAAGAUGGCGACGGCGCAGCUAACGGACGAUGAGCUUUUCUCUGAGUUAAAGAGCUUUGGAUUCACUCCAGGCCCGGUCUCCGAGAAUACGAGACCGGUUUAUUUGAAAAAACUAAAGAAACUACGUGAGGAACAACAACAGAAAGGAGGAACCAGAGCGGGGAAAAACCGAAACAGCGGCAGUAUCAACAACAACAGUAGUAGCGGUGGUAACGGCAGCUACACAGCGGCGGGAGCUUCGGGAUGCGGAGCCAGGCCAGCUAGCCGUGACGUCACGCCCCGGAGCCCCGGUGGUCGACCGGUCCUGAACGAAAAGCGAACUGGUGGAGCGGGGAAGUUCGUAUUGGGUUUUAGUUCGGACGAAUCGGACGUAGAGGACCCGAAGAAAAAACGAGGAGCGAACCACAGCGGUAGGAGAGACCGAGGUUCCGCGUAUCAACAACAACCGAUCAGGCCUACAACGGGAGCUGCUACCGCCACUCGGAAGAGCCUGGGAGUCGCUGUGAGUACCAGCAGUAACAACUCCUCUCCCGCCGGGCUGCUGGAGGGGAGGAGAAGCGGAACCGGUUCUCUCAGUUGGGUGGACCGGGGAAAAUCGAGCCUCGAGGUCUCGCGGGCCGCGGAAGUGAAGUGUUACGACGAAGAGCCCGAAGAAGACGACGAUUUUCAAGGGGAGACGGAGAGAGACAGUCGGUCUCUGAAUGGGAACAGGGCGUCUUACUCACUGAACGCCAGUAGUAAGAAAGUCGGUGAUUACUCAGAUUCGGAGGAAGAGGAAGAAGGGGGGAUAAUAUCUGGGCAGGACCGUCAACGAGACCGGCGUACACAGGAACACUACUCCAGACGGAGUCACUCCUCCAAGCCGUCGCCCUACAGAAGUGCCAGGGGGUCAGAGAGCGGACAGGAAACCACUGGCGGCAUGGCAAUCAGGCUAAACGACACGCCUGGCGCUAGUAGGAGUCGACUAGACAUGAUGGGAGGCCGGGGGGAGGAGGAAGAGGAGGAGGAGGAGGAAGAGGGAAAGAAACGAGGCCCCGGCGAAUCGUCCCUGAGCGGGAGCUUGCUGCGACGCCAUUGCCCCAGGGGGACCAUCUACGUGUCGGCUUUGAUGGGGGAGAGCGACCGCGGCAGCCCCGGGGAAAGCAGCGGCAACAAUUCCCCGUCCUCCGCCUACAACAAAAACCACAUCGACAGCGGGGAUGGCGCCACCAGCAGCAGCAGCCGAUUCAACAUCGGCCUGAGACCGCGAUUCUCCAACUACAACAGUCUAUCCGCUACUUACCGACCCAACCAUUCAAAUCAUAGCGGUCCCAACCAUGCCUACAGCCAGUCGAGUCUCAAGCAGAAGCACACGGUACCGGAGGAUGAGCUGCUCCAGCAAUUCAAGCGGGAGGAGGUGGGGUCGUCCACCGGUGGUUGGGGGUUCAGUGCCCACUACCUGUCCAUGUUCCUGCUCAUGGCCGCCUGCCUGUUCUUCCUCCUGCUCGGCCUCAUGUAUCUCCGGAUGAGGGGGUCUGGAGCCUCUGAGGUCGAUGUUGUCGUUAAGAACCACCCGUUUGGCAGCGAGUUUGACAGUUCUUAUGACAAGACGGAGAAGGACACCAUUCUGAAACUCCUCCUCAACCUUCACGACCACCUGGCUCAUAUUGCUGGCCAACAUGACUGUACCGCCCCGGAGCAGCAUCAGGCCAACAGGAGUCUGUCUCUGAAGGAAGCCUCUGACUAUCUCCUGCAGCAGAAUGAACAGUACCGUCACUGGGUUCUCCUCGCUCUGGAGUGGAUCAUACGGACGGGGGAGGACGUUGGCAUACGGCUGAUCGGGGAUAACCCAGAGGAGGCAGUAGCGGAUGUGAGUGAGGUGACUCGUCUGGAGUCGACCCACCCCAAGAUGUCCUUCUCCUGCCGCUUCAGAAGAGCCUUUUUCACAGUCAUCCACAGGGUGCUGCUCAUCCUAACAGUGAUUGGUCUGGUGUGGGCUGUAUUCUACUACAUGAAGUAUCGUUGGAGGAGAGAGGAAGAGGAGACCCGGCAGAUGUAUGACAUGGUGGAAAGAAUCAUAGGUGUUCUGAGGAUCCACAACGCAUCGUGUCAGGAGAACAAUGACCUCCAGCCCUACCUGCCCAUCCCUCACGUCAGAGACUCCCUGGUUCAGCCCCAGGACAGAAAGAAGCUGAAGAAGGUCUGGGACCGGGCUGUGACCUUCCUCUCAGCCAAUGAGAGCCGUAUCAGGACAGAGUCUCAGCGGAUUGGCGGAGCCGACUUCCUGGUGUGGAGGUGGCUCCAGCCCUCUCUGAGCUGCGACCAGAUCUCACUCGUCCCCUCCAAAGUCUGGCAGGGCAAAGCGUUCCCUCUGGACAGGAGGAACUCUCCUCCCAACAGUUUAACGGCGUGUCUGAAGAUCAGAAACAUGUUUGAUCCAGUCAUGGAGGUUGGUGAAAACUGGCAUCUGGCCAUCCACGAGGCCAUCUUGGAGAAGUGUUGUGACAACGACGGUAUCGUCCACAUCGCUGUCGACAAGAACUCCAGAGAGGGCUGUGUCUAUGUGAAGUGUCUGUCAGCAGAACACUCAGGGAAAGCCUUCAAGGCGCUACAUGGCUCCUGGUUCGAUGGUAAGCUGGUGACGGUGAAGUACCUGCGUCUGGACCGUUACCACCAGCGUUUCCCUCAGGCCCAGGGCUGUACCACCUCCCUGAAGCCCUCAAACACCUACAUGAACACCAUGUCCAGACUACGUCACCACACCAGCCCUGACAGCAGCUCUAACACGAACUCUCUAGGCUUCUCUUGAAGGGGGGGGGGCAGAUUACCCCAGCCUCCUCUCUCCCUCCCUCAACCCCACAGAUACCACCACACCAGCCCUGACAGCAGCUCUAACACUAACUCUCUAGGCUUCUCCUGAGGGGGAGGGGGGGGGGGUAGAUUACCCCAGCCUCCUCUCUCCCUCAACCCCACCACACCAGCCCUGACAGCCCCUUCUUACCCCUGUGUAACGGUCUCACCUCAACACAAGCCCCCCUUCCUUCAGGCUCCCCUUAACAAGCCUCUACUGGAGGUGAUGGCAGCUUGGUGAACCGUCUGUCUCGACUCACAGGGCUGGGUUGAACCGUCUGUCUCAACUCACAGGGCUGGGUUGAACCGUCUGUCUCAACUCACAGGGCUGGGUGAACCGUCUGUCUCAACUCACAGGGCUGGGUUGAACCGUCUGUCUCAACUCACAGGGCUGGGUUGAACCGUCUGUCUCACAGGGCUGGGUUGAACCGUCUGUCUCAACUCACAGGGCUGGGUUGAACCGUCUGUCUCAACUCACAGGGCUGGGUUGAACCGUCUGUCUCAACUCACAGGGCUGGGUGAACCGUCUGUCUCAACUCACAGGGCUGGGUUGAACCGUCUGUCUCAACUCACAGGGCUGGGUUGAACCGUCUGUCUCACAGGGCUGGGUUGAACCGUCUGUCUCAACUCACAGGGCUGGGUUGAACCGUCUGUCUCGACUCACAGGGCUGGGUUGAACCGUCUGUCUCACAGGGCUGGGUUGAACCGUCUGUCUCGACUCACAGGGCUGGGUUGAACCGUCUGUCUCACAGGGCUGGGUUGAACCGUCUGUCUCACAGGGCUGGGUUGAACCGUCUGUCUCGACUCACAGGGCUGGGUUGAACCGUCUGUCUCACAGGGCUGGGUUGAACCGUCUGUCUCGACUCACAGGGCUGGGUUGAACCGUCUGUCUCGACUCACAGGGCUGGGUUGAACCGUCUGUCUCGACUCACAGGGCUGGGUUGAACCGUCUGUCUCGACUCACAGGGCUGGGUUGAACCGUCUGUCUCGACUCACAGGGCUGGGUUGAACCGUCUGUCUCGACUCACAGGGCUGGGUUGAACCGUCUGUCUCGACUCACAGGGCUGGGUUGAACCGUCUGUCUCAACUCACAGGGCUGGGUUGAACCGUCUGUCUCACAGGGCUGGGUUGAACCGUCUGUCUCGACUCACAGGGCUGGGUUGAACCGUCUGUCUCAACUCACAGGGCUUUGUUUUCUCUUUUAAGUGGGACUUGACUGUUGGUUGUCCACAACCUGUCUGGACCACAGGAGUGGUGGGAGGCUUUAGACUGACAGUCCUGCAGUGUUUUUUGUUGUAAAGACCAAUCAGAGUUUUGAAAACAAAACUUUGGAAGACCACUUGAACAACCAAUGGGCUGAGAGAUUGGAGACUAGGGGGGGGGGGCGUGGUCUGAGCUGGAGAUGUGUGACUAGGGGGGCGUGGUCUGAGCUGGAGAUGUGUGAUUCGCCGGUUCCCCCGUCGACACUAUUAAAAACAUUAUUUUUUUUUUUUUUUUGUAUUACAAACUUUAUGGAUUUAAA